GAGGGGAGAUGUUUAUGGAGCGGAGCGCUCUGGGCGAGAGAACUUGAACGUGUCAGUCACGUGACCCCGGGCAGCAUCCGGAAGUGGUCCACCGCUGGUGAAGGAAGAUGGCGGCGUAUCAACAGCUGCACGACCGCUACAAAUUCUUAAACAUGACAUUGAGAUUGAUUUCUCUGUAGUGCAGCAGUGCAGGGUAAUGGACAAGGAUAGAUUCGCAUCUGCUCCCAGCUCUUGGCUGGAGAUGAAUAACUUCAUAGGUGACCUUAUGGCUUUCAGUGCAUCUGGCUCUGGUCAGCUACUGAAAUGCACUAACAAUCAGUCGCUCCGUACUGCCUGGGAAAGUGUGGGGCCGGAGACAUCAGCACCCAAAUCCUGUUAUCCUGCUCAGAGUGACCCACACAACCAGAACCAGCGGAAAAACAUGGCAGGCAUCAGUUCGCAUUCAGGAGAAAGGAUUGAGGAGUCUGCAAAUUGUGAUGAGCAACAAUUACGGCCAUAUGCUUGCAGAUGCCCAGGCUGUCCUCUGUCCUCAGCGUCCACCCCUGCAUCCACUACACAUCCACUCUGCCUGAAACCCAGAGACAAUUCGUCCUCUCAGGCUGAAACAUCAAAAGGGUCCACAUCACAGUCCAAAGAGCCGAGCACAGUCCAACUUGGCCUGGGUUCCUGUCUCAGCCUGGCUCUUUCUCUGGAAGAAAGAAACAGCGAUUCGACCAGCUUGUCCAACCCCGAACACCAGGACAAAGGCACAAACACACACAGUCCAACCGUUGCUUCAAACUCCAACCCCCAGUUCUGCCCACCACCUCUCCAGACCUUUCCCUGCUUCUGCUGCCAUCCAUGCCCUCAUCUCCUGCAUCCCCAGCAGGCAUCCGAGACCCACUUUGCCCACACUCACUCUCACCACCACUACCACCACCAUCAUCACCACUGCCCACUCACUGCCUGCCUGUUGUGCCAGCGUUCCUUUAACUGUGCACAGCAGGAGGGCCACACCCAGCGCAAGCACCCAUGCAUGCACUGCUCUGCGUUGUUCAUGCGGCCCUCGCAGCUGCUUCAGCAUCAGCGCACCCAGCACUCAUCCAAAGCUGGUGGCUUCUUGUGCCCAGAGUGCGGCCGUGUCUUCAACUCGCAUAGUAACCUCCGUGUACACCUUAAUGUGCACACAGGAGCGCGGCCCUACACAUGCUCUGACUGUGGCAAGAGCUUCAGCCAGUCAGGUGCACUCAAGAUCCAUCGGCGUGUCCACACUGGCGAGCGGCCGUACACGUGCACGUUUUGUGGCCGGGGCUUCCCCCACCUGGCUGGUGUCAGGGCGCACCAGCGCAUACACACUGGUGAGAAGCCAUACCAGUGUGUGCAGUGCGGCAAGGGCUUUACACAGUCAGGCGCCCUCAAGGUCCACAUGCGUGUCCACACAGGCGAGAGGCCCUUUAUUUGUAGCCUCUGCGGCAAGGGCUUCUCAAACCGCUCUGGUGUCCGCUUUCAUCAACGUACUGCGCAUGGCAUUAUCACUGAGCCCAAUUCUGUAGGACGGCCAAGCCUGGCCAGCAGUACCUCAGAAGUCCAGCAGAAGCAGGCUGAUCAGGCAGCAUCUGCUCAGCCCAUGGAGCACAGGUCUCUUCCAAGCAGAAAAAACUCAGAGGGAGAUGCAGUGAGAAGAUCCCUUCCUUACGAGUGUGAGGACUGUGGUAUGCGCUUUCAUGAUGCUCUCUCCAGAAACAGGCAUCAGGCACUACAGCACUAUUCCACUGAAGAGGAAGAUCAGAAUGAGAGAAAUGGUACAGAACAAGGAGAACAUGUAGCAAAAAAGACGUUGGUCUAAUUACAUACAGUAUGUGAAUACCAUACUGUAAAAUAAGUUGGAAAAACAGACUAGUGUCUAGGUCAAGAUACCAGGUGCCAGAAUAGGUCAAUGCUAAAACCCUUUGUCUAAUCAUUGCAAAAAAAAAAAACAAAAAAAAAAACCUUUUGUGUGCUUCUGUAUGUGGCCUUAAAUUAAUAAAACUGGUUUUUAGUACUUUGAACUAAAAAUGGAUGACAAAUAUCAUACUAAGGAAGGAUUUAUAUUACGGGUACUGUUUGUGAGUAGUUUCAAAUGUUCUCCCAUGCUUCCGUUCUCCAAAACUGUACUAACAGUGUUCAUAGGUCAUGUGCAGAAAGGCUUUAUUUGGCCUGUGUGAGAAUCUGCAUCAGUGCAGGCAGUAGAGAUUUAAAAAAAAAACAAAAAAAAAAAAACAGGAAAUCAGAGGAUAAUUCAGAAUUAUUAAAUAAGAAAGGGCUUAACAAAAACAGUCAAAUGGGACAUGCUGUGUGACAGAGGCCCCCUUCUUAACAUAUAUCUCCUGAAGCUUAAAAAACAAACAACAGAAGAGGUAGGUCCCAGAGCAUUAGCUAGUGGGAAUAGUGCUAGAAUGCUGGGUAUUGUGAAAGGUCAAAGGGAUGCGGUACAAGGAAGUGGGAAACCUCCAACCAGUGAUGGAGUAAAUGUCCAGAAAAAAAGACAGACAUGGGGAAGACGGUCCCCAAGAAUGCUCGCAGCAGAGAAGGCAGAGAAGGAAAUGCAGCUGGGACAUAGAGAAUGCGAGUGAGAAAAGUACACCUUUAAAUCUUCAUUGGCCAGAGUCUACUGUGGUUGGGACAAUGUGAGUGGGAACUGAAACCAUGGCAGGACCUGGAACAGAGUGAAGUAGAUCAAAUUAAGCCAAUGAAAGUGCUAGAGCCUUAUCCAGUGCUGGGUGUCACUCUGGAUGGAUUCAGGACUUGCUGAUGUUUGAAAUAGGGAUGUCCCAACACAGGGAGGUGGAGGAGGUUAAACAAGUAUGGUAGGGCUGAUGGGAGGUGUGGCUGAGUUUGGUGAUGAAUAGAAACCAAUAAUUAAAACUAAGCAUGUGACUGGGGAGCACUGCUAAACCAAAAUCAGAUGGCACUGGGGCAGUGACCAGCCAUACUGAGGAAACCAAAUGAGGGCAUGGAGUUCAGAGCAUGUAAGGCUAAGACUGCAUCUGAGUCUGGACAUGCUGGGAGAGCAGGGCCACAGUGAGCAGAGAAAUACAUCAGGAAUACAAUCUAGAAACACAGCAAGUUUUAACUAUAUUGUAUUAAAAUGUACAUUUUAAGUAAAUUUUUAAACUAUAACUAUUAGCUAUUUUGUAUAGUUUACUGCUUUAACGUGGAGCACUUAAGACUUUACAUGUGACUAUGCAUGUGCGUACCUUUUGUACAUUAAAAGCGACAUCCACUGAAUGGCAUGACAGCAAUUUCAUACUAUUAUGGGACACACAUUUGUCUCUGUGAAACAGUAUGCAACACACGGACAAGCUUGCUGUCAUUGUGAUUGUUGUCAUGAGCUGUGUCUCAAAUUGAAAACCAUGACCAUAUGUUUAAAGGUUUUUACUAAAUUUUUAAUAUCCAAAAGAUUGGUAUACAAAACAGGCUUUUCAGUAGGCUAAAAGAGAGUAUUUUUUUAUUCAAACUCUAAAUGUAAUAAAGAAAUCCUUUGGUUUUAAUGCUGAAAAAUGUACUGUCUAGAGUAUGUGGUUUGAGACACAGCUCUAGUCUGUUCAAUCUGUUGCGAAUAUCACAUAAUAUGACACAAUACUGCCUAUACUAUUGGUAUGUGUGGUAUACAUUAGUAUGUGUUAAAUUUAUUUGGUUGUGUACAAUUAAAGCACCAAAUGAAUUCAG